GAAGGAUCGUAAGGGCUGUUUAGGGAAAUCGAAAACCGGUGAAGGGAGCGAUGGUGGGAGCGGCAAUGAUGAAGAGAGCGAACUGAGUGUUGGUCAGACCUCGACGGGGAGUGGCAACAUGUGUGCCAUGGUUUGGGAGAUGAUGAAUGCCGCUGCUUCUGCCUCAGCUACAAACAACCUGGCCGACCCCUACCAGACUGCAGCAAAGCAACAGCAGCAGCAGCAGCAACAUCAUCAACAGCAGCAGCAACAACAACAUCAUCAACAUCUACAAUAUCAACAACAGCAAAAGCAGCAACAUAUGCAGCAGCAACAGCGUCAACAACAGCAACAACGUCAGCAACAACAGCAGCAGCGUCAGCAACAGCAGCAACGUCAACAACAGCAACCACAACAGCAGCAGCACCGACAGCAGCAGCUGCAGCAGCAAGAGAAGGAAAAGGAGAAGUCUGCCAGUGAAGCGUUUGCUGAAGAACUCUCCAAAGAAGAUAAAGUCUAUCCAUUGAAAAGACGAUCUGCCCGGUUUCCAGAUGCCAAGUAUUUCUGCCGUUUAUGUGAAUUCCAUUGUAUGAAUGAUGCAGAUUGCCUGACACACAUCCGAACCAUUAAACACCAGUGGCGCAAAGAGAUAGCGGCAGCAAAAGACAAGCUGAGGAAACUGCCCACACCGACUUCACUUCAACUGCGAGAUAUAGAAGACACAGUGGAGCGUGUCUAUAAAGAGCAUGGCUUGACCAAAGCUGAGGUUCAGAUCCGGAAGAAGUUUGUCCAAAAGGUUGAACAAUUUCUGCAAGAAGACAUAAAAGGUGUAAAGUUACAUCUGUAUGGUUCAGUGCAGAGCGAGUUUGGUUUGAAAAGCAGUGAUCUCAACAUAGAUUUAGAAACCCCACCUGACAUGAAAUUGGCAAAUGGCCUGAAAAUGACUUAUGAAAGCCUUAAAAAAUCAGACCUCUUCAAAGAUGUGGAAAAGGACUUUUUGGCCAAAGUCCCAUUGGUGUAUUUCAGAUCCAAUGACAAGCACCAACUGUACUGUCAAAUCACCGUCAACUCCAUACUAGCUCGUCAAACUAGUCAGCUUCUAGGUAUCUACAGCUCAAUUGACAUCAGAGCUAAAAAAUUAGCUGUGGCAUUCCGUUAUUGGGCAAAGCUAUGUCGUGUUGACCGUCAACAGGAGGGAACUCUACCGGCUUACUGUACCUAUUUGAUGACAGUUUAUUUUCUACAGAGAAUCCCAAACCCUAUUUUGCCUGUCUACCACGUGCGGGCAACAGAUGAGAAACAGAGAGAGAGAUUUUUUGAGACCAUUACAAAAGCAGCAUCAAUCUUUCAAGUGAAGAAUAUGUUAAAUGUUGGUGAAUUAUGGUUGGAGAUGUUGAAGUUUUACUGUCAGGGCUUCGACAGUUCCAGCACUGUCAUCUCAAUCAACUAUGAGAACAAGUUGACCCGGGUGGCAAAGAACUGGAAGACCAAACGACUUGCCAUUGAAGAUCCAUUUUCUACAAAGCGAAACAUUGCCAGGUCUGUGAGCGGAAGGAAGAUUUUUGAGUAUUUCCAAGAUUGUCUUGUGAAAACCUGCCUCUACUUCGGCUUUCCGCCUACUUCCAACUCGUCUAGCAGCAGUCGAAAGAAAGACAACAAUGAACAGCAAUCAGUAGGAUCGAUAAUUGCAACAACAACAACAACAUCAACAGCAGCAACAACUACAGCAACACAAAUGAAUGGUACCGACCGGGCUCCCAAAGAUCCCAGCUGCAAGACUCCACCCCCUAACUCACUGGCACAAUCUCCUUCCAAGGGCUCUGAUAACAACACAAUGUUGGUUAAUGAUGUUUAUGAACCAGAACAGCAAUCCACCCAGUCAGCUGGAUCAUCUCAAUGUUCAGAUGAUGAUGGUGAUGACGAUGUAGAUUCUUCAGGAAAUACGCACACUUCUUCCCAACAGUCUCCCAGUAACGAAGGCUGUGCUUAUGUUUUCUCCGUUGAAAACUUGUCUGAUGGAAAGGGACCAGCAAAAGUGUGCAGCAUCUGUGAAAAAGAAGGGCAUUUGAAGAACGACUGUCCCGAGGAGAAACUCCCUCCUUUAUUGCCCUUACCAGCCAUGACUGAGGAGAGUUUGAAGCUUUUGAAUGAGAUGCUCAUGCAAAUACCAAAAGAUCUUGGUCCCACAGACUUGAGCACCGAAGACAGGGAAAAGAUAGUUAAAGGUUUGGAAUGUCUCAUCCGAGAAUGGUACCCAGAAGCUCGUCUACAUUUAUUUGGUUCCUCCUGCAAUGGAUUUGGCUUUCAGAAUAGUGACCUCGACAUCUGCAUUACAUUCUGUAACCACCAAAACGCUGAUGGUCUCGACUGCGUCUGUAUUAUUGAGAGUUUAGCUCAAAAACUGCGCGAGAACAAGCAACUGUAUGGUGUUGUUGCAAUCACUACUGCCAAGGUACCGAUUGUCAAGUUCAAACUGAAAAACAGCAAUUUAGAAGGAGAUAUCAGUCUGUACAACACUCUUGCUCAACAUAACACAAAGCUAUUGAAACUGUAUACAGAAAUUGACCAGCGGGUGGCCAUUCUUGGGUAUGCUUUGAAGGUUUUCGCUAAGGUUUGUGAAAUCGGGGAUGCCUCAAAAGGUAGUCUUUCCUCCUACGCAUACAUCCUCAUGUUACUGCACUAUCUACAGCAGUGUGAUCCUCCAGUGAUUCCUGUUCUGCAAGAGUUAUAUGAGGGUGAGAAACCUGUCCACUUGGUUGACAGCUGGAAUGCCUGGUUCUUUGAAGACUUGGCAAACCUGAAAAAUACCUGGAAGUAUUGUGGCCAGAACAAGCAGUCAGUAGCCGAGCUGUGGAUUGGUCUGUUUGUGUUUUAUACUGAGAAGUUUGAUGUCCAAAUGGUAGUCACAAUUCGACAGCAUUCGCAGCUGACCAAACUUGAGAAACUCUGGAAUGGAAAAUGUCUAGCCAUUGAAGAUCCAUUUGAUAUCAACCACAACCUCGGUGCUGGUUUGUCCAGAAAAAUGAACAACUACAUUCUGAAAACCUUCAUCAAUGGACGUAAUGUAUAUGGCACUCCCAUCUCUAAAAUUCCCCCGAAUUAUGAAACACUCGGGGACUUCUAUUUUGAUGCCAAUCGCUUAAAGGAAGGCAAACCCCCAACAGACAGAUGCUGCCAUGCCUGUGGUAAGAUCGGACACAUUCUCGUCGAGUGUCCUAUGAAGCGUAGCAAGAGAAACAAAGAGAACACCAACAACAAUAAGCAAGAUGCUUCCCAACAGAAGAGGGACAACAUGGCCAUGAACAGGGAAAACUGGGGUAAUUCGCAUCAUCAAAGGCCACUGCAGCCCAGUCCACUCGUGCCUAAUGCUGCACACGAUGGCAGUAACCAACAUCGCCACAACCAGCAUCAUCACCAUCAUCAACAGAAGCAGCAGCAGCACCAUCAACAGCUGCAGCUGCAGUAUCAUCAACAACAGCAACGCCAUCAUCAGCAGCACCACCAGAAACAACAGCAGCAGCAGCAACAACACCAAAAACAACAGCAACACUAUCAACAACUUCAACAACAACACCACCUCCACCAGCAACAACACCAACAACAACAUCUACUUCAACAGCAGCAACACCACCUCCAACAGCAACAGCAGCAUCAACAACAACAGCAACACCAUCACCAGCAACAACAACAGCAGCAGCAGCAGCAGCAACAGAAGCAUCAACAGUUGCAUCCUGGCAAUUCGUAUCCAAAUAUGUACAACAUGAAUUAUGUCGGUUGGCCUACAGACAAAAACAUGGCAGUUCAACAGUUCCCUUCUACAACGGUGGUCAGUUCACACCUUCAGCCGAUUUCAUCCAUGGUGCCUUCCUCUCACUCUUGUCACCCGGUGAGUGGGCCAGAGAGGGCAAUGACAAUGCUAAAACCAGCAACCCCAAACAAAAACAACCAUCAACCAGUGCUACCGCAUCGUCCCAACAUACAGGGUCCGAAUACUCAUUCUUAUCAAAACCAACAUAUGUAUUUAAACACACGACAUGAUCAAAAUAGGCGUGAUUAUUCUGUGGAUGACCUAAAAGGAAGCAACAUGUACAUGUGGGAUUCCCACUCCAGGCAGCAACAAUACUAACAAUGGAUUUUUGGGGUUUUGAUACUCUGGUAAACCUGACACUUUACCACCACCACCACCACCACCCAGUGAACCCCUACCAUGGACCCAGCUUCCCAUCUCGACCCUGCAGCGAUGGCAUUCUAUUUCUGUAUUCCAGUGAUGUUGGUGCAGUUGUACAUAACAGACAUUCGCCACUACUUGGUGCAGUAAAGUUGCAGCUGUACUGUUGUCCUAAGUAUGCAACAGUCAUGCAACUGCAAAUUUAUUGCUGCAGCUGUAGACAUUUUUUUUUGUGUGGUGGGGGGAAGGGUGUUUUUGUUUUAAAUUGAUGGAUAUUUUUAACCUGAAUCAAAUUUUUAGACUUCAAAAUCAUUUCACUUCAUUUAUCCUUAUUUUACUUUUUAUUAUUAUUAUUAUUACUUUUUAUUUAAAGAGAAACAAAUUUUUAAGCGCAACAUCUACAUACGUGUGCACAUGUUUGUGCAUGUGAUGUGGGGAGGACAUUUUGUGUAUUUUGUGUAAAAAAAAAAAGGGGGGGAGAGUGUGUUUGUGUGUGUGUGUAGGGAAGAAUGAGAGGCUGUGAAAUGAUGGCAGUUGUGGUGUACAUGUGUAUGUGUUAUGAAGCGGGGCAUGUUUGUAUGUGGCUGUGCGUACGCCUUUGGAAUGGUGGUCGACACAAUCGUGACACAAUUGUGUCCGUGUGAGUGUGUAAGAGGGCACAAAGGGAGCAGUUGAUGCUCAUAUAACAUGGAUGUUGAUUAGUUGGGUUCCCUGAAUGACAACUAUGUCUUGACAACUGAACAGAGUCACUAACCGACAAACAACAGUGACAAUUUCAAUAAAAGGCAAACACACACACACACACAUCCGCAUUCAGCCUGGCUUCUUGUUGCUGUUCAAUGGUUAAAUAAUCUAGCUUUGUUGCUUUUAGAAAUGUUUGUUCUUCUGUUUUGUCCGUCUACAACAGUCAACGUGUCCAGUCAUGACCUUCCUCUUUCAUUAGAAAAGUAGCUUUUGUGGAUGUAUACAGCUGUUGUCUGUCUCAAUGGCCAGACUCUGUUUAGACAUUAGGUGUGGUGUGUUUAAACAACUACAACUCGGUUUAGACAGUAUUGAUAGCUCUUCUCUAUGUAAACAGUUCUAGAUUUAUAUACAUUUAUGUUCAGUAUCAGUUUAGGCAGCUUUUUAUGGGGUCACAGGAUUUGCCCCAGAUUUAGGCUGCUUCCCUUGUACAUUAUUUACAUUUGAUGGAUAUUUGUCCUCAUCUUGUUUGUUGUUAACACAACGUUUCACCUGAUAUACCCUCCAGCCUUCGUCAGGUGUCUUGGGGAAAUUUCGAACCUGGGUUCUCAUUCCUAAGGUAUUUUUCAAUGUUGUUAUUAUUAUUAUUAUUAUUAUUAUUAUUAUUCAGGUCACUGCCUGGAAUAGAACUCGGAAUCUUGGGGUUGGUAGCCUGCGCUCUUAACCACUAUGCCAUAUGCCUGUGGUUCGAAAUUUCCCCAAGACACCUGAAGAAGGCUGGAGGGUAUAUCAGCCAAAACGUUGUGUUAACAACAAACAAGAUGAGGACAAAUAUCCAUCAAAUGUAAAUAAUGUAAAUAAUUCAUCUCUUAAAUAUAGAACUGCUUCCCUUCUGUUUCGACAAAUUUCACCAACUUGAAACAGCUUUCUUGAGGCUGGGUGACAUUCUUAGAUUCAAGUGGAUUCAACUGUUAUUAGCCACAUAAGAAGCCAUUCAGAAGUGCCACUGCAUAGUAAGUGCAAUGGAACUGGUUUAGAGAGUAUUCUGGGCCGAUAUGCUAAUUAGGUGGCACCGUGUGUAUUUCUUAAAAGCAGCUUAUAAUAUAUUUAUGUGUGUGUAUAUAUUUUAUGUAUACACACACACAUAUAUGUGCAUACAUGUAUGUAUGUGUGUAUACUCGUACAUGUAUGUAUGUAUACAUAUACAUAAUAUAUAUGUAUAUAUAUAGUCAUUAUUGUUGUCAUUUAACAUCUGUUGUCCAUGCUGGCAUGGGUUGGACAGUUUGACAGGGCUGGCCAGCUGAGGGAGCUGCACCAGACUCCAGUCUGAUUUGGCAUGGUUUCUAUGGCUGGAUGCCCUUCUCAACACCAACCCCUUUGCAGAGUAGUAUGCUGGGUGCUUCUGUGUGGCGCCAUACAGGCUCUGCUGCAUGGAGCCACUUGGACACCAGAGCAACUGGUCUGGUCUUAACACUUAUGCUCUUGAGUACAGCAAGGCGCCAGGCAUCUUGGUCCUUUGUAAUCUCGCCUGAAAGGCGAAGUAUUGCUGUGAUACACACACACAUUCUCUCUUCCCGCCUCUCUCUCUCCAAUUUGGUAAAAACUCUGGUGGUGUUAGUGCCAGUGGGAAGGUUUUGAUGGAAAUUGUGCUGAUGCCUUCCCUGAACCUGGUUUGCUUAAUUUGAGGAAAAUAUCAAAUGUUUUGUUGGUUCUGUUUUUAAUUGUUAAACCUCCUCACAGACUUAUUAAACUUCUUACAAUGACCAGAACCUGACCGAGAUUGGUGGAACCUUACAAAUGUUUAGUUGGAGCCUUUUAGCUUUUAGUUUCCAAUCCUACUCAAUGUUUAUUUUACCUGUCAUCUUCCCAGUGUCACAAAAGUCCUUUUUUUUUUAGUGUCCUUUCAAAGCAUUAUGUGGUUUCAUGUGUAUGUACGUGAAAGUGUGUGACACAGUGAUUAGGCAGUUGUACUUACAAUAGCCAGGUCAUGGUUUCAAUACUCAGACCAGGUAGUGCGUUGUGUUCUUGAGCAAAACACUUCGUUUCAUGUUGCUCCAGUCCACUUGGCUGUAAACGAGUCACCCUUCAACAGAUUGGUGCCCCAGUCAAGGGGAAUGUUGUGAUUUCGGUCACUUGUAUGCAUGGAAACUGUGUUCUUGUCCUGGUUGAUGCCAUUAUAAUUGCCAUCGGUGUGAUGCCCUGCUACUGUGUCUGAUUUUGUGGUGUUCAUUUACCAUUUUUUGGUCUCUGAAGAAGGGUUGUAGCUCAGUACCCAACCACUGCCUCUUCCUCAGUUUGAACUCAUCACUGCACACCCUAGUCAGCCUCGUUUUUGUUAGAGGUGUGAACUAUUGUGGUCUUUGUAACUGACCUACUAACAGCCAGGUGGUCAUUGUUCAUAUAAUGCAGAGAAGUGUAGAGAGAGAGAGUUGCAGGUGGCAGUGUGAUCUGCCCGAAGAAUGCCCACACCAUGUCCUACCUUCAUACAACCUCACUCGAAUAUAAUGAGAUUUUGUUAAUUAGUUUUUGUUGGAAGCCAAGUUAUAACAGUGACACAUCUCACAGACACAAACCACACACAGGAAGGCAGCCUACUGCACUCUUCUAUCAUUACAACAAACUGCCACCUCAUGCACCUGCCUCUCUCUCCUCCUCCUCUAUCCGCCUCUCAACAAAAUCCUGCAUGAAACUCUUCACCUUAUUCCUUCUUACCCCAAUAGUUGGAACCCCAUCACUUGCCCUCAGCAGCUGAACAGAACCUUACCAGUCUGCUGUGUGGAAAUGGGUUCACAAAAUUACAAGCACUGCCUCCCUCCCACCUUAGACUAAAGAAUUAUAAUCCUUUCUAUGAUAGGCACAAAGCCUGGAUUUUUUUUUUCUUUUUGUUGGUAGGGGUCAGUCAGCAGUGUUUAAGCUCAGAACAUAAAGUCAGAAGAAAUGCCAUGAAGCAUUUCGUCCGAUAACGGUUCUGCCAGAUCACUGCCUUAGAAGACUAGAAAACAAUGGUUUCAAGUUUUGCCACAAGGGGGAGGGGUUGAUUCGAUUACAUCAACCCCCCAGUGUUCGACUGGUACUUAGUUUAUUGAGCCUGAAAGGAUGAAAGGCAAAGUCGACCUCGGCAGAAUUUGAACUCAGAGCGGAGCAAUAAAGGGACAUAACUCUAUUGAGUGCAGCCCUUCACUGUUUCUGUUGCUUGUUGGAAAUAUUUGUUGUAUAAAUACCAGGAGUGGAAAAUUGAAUGGAAGAAGGGGUUUGGGGGUCAUGGGAUACGAAGUUAAAAUUAGUCACAUAGUAGACUAGUAAAUAAAUUGAAAUUCUAGACGUGGUUUUACAAGGACAGCCAUUUAAUUGUAGAAUUUGUCUUGAUUCCCUGAGCUCUGAGAGGAAAUGAGAACCAUUUGUGUGGUGCUUGCCUAUGUAUGGCUGGGUGUGUGUGUGUGUGGGUGGGUGAGAAAGGAGGGGUGGCGACCCAUUCAUGGAUACUUGUGAUCACAAAAUGUCGUGUAAACAUUUUGUGAUCUUAUGAACACUGGUGUGUGACGUUGAAAUAGAUAUUUAUCUUUGUAUGUUGUUAUUGUUGAUGUUUAGUCCCAGUUCAACUCUGAGCAGACCAAUGAUCAACGCCAUUCCAGCUGUGGCCAUCAUGUCUUUAUCCUAUGUGCAUGGAACUCCUGACCAUAUUAUACAUGUCUUUUUAUUAUAAGAUGGUAGGAUUUGAUUUGACAGAGGUUUGACUGCUGUUUCUAGCAUGCUGAGCAACUACAUAGAGGCUCUUUAGCUGACUUGAUUCUGUAAUUCUUUUAACCCCAAGUCAUGCUUGAUCCAGAAGACAGACCCUUAAUCAAAGGUAUUUUGCAAACACUGUACAAUUAUUAUUUUAAGAAAAUGGGGGUUUGAUUUUCAGGAGAUUUGGCUGCUGUUUCUAGCAGGCUCCUUCAUUGGUUUUAUAUCUUGGUCAGCAGCUGGUGUUGGUAUUGUGAGGAUGUUUGGUAUUAAAAUAUAUUCUCUGAAAACAAUAAAAGAAUUUGUAAAAACCAACUGGGCUCACUUAAAAUUUAAACUUUAAAAUCUGGCUUUAUGAGAAAUUAGUGUUUAAAAUAAAUUUUAUAAAGAAACCUAUGUUCAAAUCAUUUUUAAAACCAUAUUAUUCAAUGCACACACACACCCAGGUAUGUGUGUGUUCAGGCAUGGCUGUGUGGUGAAACUUAGCAUUUUGAUAAAAAAGACUGAUAAGACAAGCUGCAGCUUGAUUUGCUUGACUAAACCCAUCCUCAGGAUCCAGGGAAUGAAACACACUGAAAGAACGAAGGAAAUUAUUAUUAUUAUUAUCCAUUUGAACAUCUGGUUUCCCCCCCUGCUCCUUCAUUGUAUUCCGAGGAUGGUUUUCUUUCAUGAGAAACAUGUCUGGUCAUGGGGAAAUAUUACCUUGCCUAGAAACAGGUGAGGGUUGGCAACAGGAAGGGCGUCCAGCCAUAGAGUACCUGCCCCAACAAAUUCUGUCUGUCUGAUGUGAAGAUGGAGAAGUAGAUGUGAAAAUGAUGAUGAGGAUGACACAAGUUUUUAGAUAGAUAAACAGUUGAGCACCAGUUUCUAUCCAAUCUCGCUCCCCAAGUCUUAGUCUAAUCUAUAGUUUUAGUAAAGAACAUCAGCCAACAACGUUCACACAAUGGGAGGAGUAGAUCUCAAACCAAGUGGUUUUGAAAUGACAUUCUUCACUACACAAGCAUCAGUUUUAUAUAUGUGUGUAUAUGUAUAUAUAUAUAUUUGUGUAUUUAUAUAUGGUUAUGAAUGUUUAUAUACAUAUGUAUAGAUAUAUGUGUGUAUGCAUCUGUCUUUAUAAUGAAACUGAAUGUUCUCCCAUCUGAUUCCCCCUCCCCCUCUCUCUAUGGUAGAGUCAUUAAAAACAACACAAGUCAUUUCUCGUCAGUGAAUCCCUCCCAUUAUUUAAAAAAUAAAACAUCAAAAUCAAAUGCCAGGAAUCUUAGGAAAAAUAAAGAAUUUCUUUUGCCUUGGUGCAAUGUU